GGGAUUCGGGUGCAGCUUUCAUCUACUCACAGGUAAUUCCUAUGUCCGAAGCCUACCACCUAUCCUUUUAUUUAAAAUCAAAAUAAAAAAGAGUUUAUUUUUUCACGAAUUUCUUAGAAAUUAUUGUUGAAAGCCUGGUAGCAAGCUCACAUUUAUUCUUUUCUUGUAUUUGGUCAGGAUCAUUUAGUCCAUGCUCAUUCAUACUACAUGCUUCACCUGAUUUGUUCCUUCAUAUUUUGUGGUUUGUGGGUGACAGUUGCUCCUUUCCUUGGUUUCAAUGCUUAUUUCUUACCAGUUCCCGUGCAUUUCUUUGGGUUCUACUGGUGGCAUCAAUCUGCAGGCCUAUCUAGAUGGUUGCUGAUAAAGCGCUGACUGGUAUGAUGAGUUGUCUGCUGAGUCCGCCCUUAUCUCUAACGUGGCAGGCAGUGGCCGUGCAGUCUUGAUGUGUGUCCAGUCAGAGCCAGUGCCUGGUUGGCUGCUACCUCAUUUGCAUCCGUGGCAGUAGUUACUUCUGUGAAAAUGAGUGAAAUUCGUGUUAGCCAUGGUGAUACCCAAGACCAACUUGAUGGUUUGGGAGAAAUAGCCGAUGGUGUAGAGCUUCCCAAGGAUUUUAUUGGAGCUGAUGGUGGUUUUGAAGGACCAUCUGUGGAAAAAAUUUUGGAAGCUCUUGAAGGAAUGCAAGGCUUGUCUCUGGAAGAUAAAGAAGCUUUAAAGUCGCAACUCCUCCAACAAAGACUUCGCAGCUUUGAGGAAGGAAUGGAACAUCCCUGGGAAAUUCCUGCCGGGUCUUUUCUUGCCAAUCAAAGUUUUGUCCUCUUCUCUUUGCUGACUAUCAUUGCUUUGAUUUUUGUAUUCUUUGGACUGAAGCUGUAUCGCAGCCUGGUAGAAAAGGAGCGCAAACGAGAAGAAAAGAGAAAGCUGAAGAUGCAGAAGAAGAGGAAGUAGUCACUCUUGAGUAUAGUCCUUUUCAGGUUCCUAUUUAAUUUCUCAUUCCGUUCCAAAUGCAUUCCUAAGGUCAAACAAAUUUAUUUACUCUGUGGCACUUCUUCAUCUUAGAAAAGGGAGAGACAUGAGCAAUUCAGAAGUCUGAUUUUGAAGUGUCCACUGACUGGUUAUCAAUGGAGGUCUGGAUAGAGAUUAAGUUAUCAGUACCAAUAAGCUCAAAGCAAAAUGUUCAUUGCUGUUCUGAAAAGGAGGGUUGCCAUUGUAUGAGUCAAAAAGCUGCAGGGAAUUAUUUUCCUCCUAAAUUGAGUGAUUAUCGUGACAAUUUCCCACAGACAAGUUCUAGAUGUACUUAAUAUUUAGAGAAUAAUAGUUUUUGUCAUGUUCUUCAGGUAAUGAUGCAGAAGCAGUAUUUGUGUGGAUUGCAUAAAAAGAAAAGCUAGGCACCUGCCUCUUAUGUCAAUUUUAUAAUUCAAUAUCUGCUGCUUGCUUGGAAUGUUUUCCAUUCAUUAUGUGUUUACUACUUUUGAUAUGCUUCCAAUCUUCUCCCACAUUCCACUUUAUGCUGAAACUCAAAUUUUGUGUCUCUUUUGAAGUUCAACACUAUUGGUAAUUUAAUCAUAUGUUAUUUUGUAUGUAUCGUUAUCGACUGUUGACAGUUUAUAUUUAUAUGUUAUGUUGGUGAUUUUUGUUUUUCUAUUUUAAGACAAGUUACAAAACCGUGGAUUAAGAAUAGAAAGAUCAGAGUUUGCAGUUGUCUUAAAUUGGGUGUGAACUUAGAUAUUUUCUCUCAGUAGGUACUUUGAUUUUGAUUCGGGUUUGGGUUACAUUCUUGUGUUUUCUUUCUCCACAAGUAAGAAUUCUCUACCUUAUGUGUACAAAGGUCAUUGACCCUUACCUACUUUCUUAGCAACAGUCAAAAUUGUGUUGGGUUGUCAGCAGAGUUCUCAAAAAAGAUGUUAAUUAAACUGGAACUGCACCCUGUUGAUGAAUAAAGAUAUAGGUAAAACUGA